GCGGGGGCGGCCACGUGACCUCCUGCGACGUCAACGUGCAGACCUGGCCCUUCGCCAGGGAGCUCCUGGCCUGGGCCGGCGUGCCCGGUUCCGAGGUCGAGUUGAAAAUCGGCAUCGCCGGUGAUUGGCUUGCCAGUGGCCAGCUUGGAGAAAUCGAUGUGCUUCUCCUGGACCACCGUGGCACCGUCUACCAGGAGGAUCUCAAGGCGGCCGAGCCCCACUUGAGCCGGCACGCCCGGGUCCUCGCAGACAACGUGCUGCUCCCUGGCGCCCCCCUGUUUCUGGGGUACAUCGCAGGGCGAUACGACGUCGCAGUGCACGAGGUGCCGGAGUUUCGACAGCCGGAGCUGCAGGACUGGAUCCUGACCUGCGUUCCAAAAGCCACUGCUCUGGCGCCAGCAGAGGAUGUGAGAGAGCUGAGGCAAUGGGGCGAGAAGGUGGAU